AUGUUCAAAUUAGAAUAUGAGAAUGAUCAGGGAGAAGAUGAUGAACCAUAUUAUUAUAAUAAAGAUAAUUGGCGAUUGUCGAAUUUAAGUACAACACCAACCUACCAAAAAGGGUCUGUUUUGCAUACUACCUCGAGAUAUUAUAAUGGAACAUACGAGUUCCAGUUAGAUUUAAACAAAGACAAGAAACACAACAACAAUAAUGAUAGCACCACUGAUAGUAGUAGUAUUAAUAGCACUAGCAAUGGCGGUCCAUUUAUCUGCCACUAUUGUGAUGCAAAAUUUAGGAUUCGUGGCUACUUAACUCGUCAUAUUAAGAAGCAUGCUAUUGAAAAGGCUUAUAGAUGUCCCUUCUAUAAAGAGGAUUCACCAAAGGAAUUAAGAUGUCAUAAUUCAGGCGGUUUUAGUCGUAGGGACACAUAUAAGACUCAUUUGAAGACAAGGCAUCUGUUAUAUCCAAAUGGUGUUAAGCCAAAUGAAAGAAAUAGAUCUCACGGGCAUUGUGCACAAUGUGGUGAAUAUUGUGCAUCCGCUAAGAAUUGGGUUGAAUCACACAUUGAGACUGGUCAAUGUAAAGGUUUACCACAAAAUUAUUUGAGAGUGGUGAGACAUGAAAGAUCCAAGAAUGGGAAAUUGAAAAUGAUCAAAACUUCAAAUGGGCAUUCUAGGUUUAUUACUACUGCACAAAGUCUGGUGGAUCCAAAUAUCUUAUCAAAUAAGGAAGCUUUGGAAGCUAUGGCUAUUGUUGCACAUAAGGCAAAUAAAGAUAAUAUUCUAUCAAAGUACGGUAAUGAUAAAAUUAUUAUGGAUGUUAAGGAUUUUAGUAGUGACAGUGAAGACGAACAAAUAGCUUUUUCUCAGUUUGAAACCACAAAAUCCACUGAUAAUAUUAAUAAUGAUAUCCGAAUAAUAGACGAUAAGAAAAAUGAUAACUUUAAUACUACAUUAUCCGAUCCGUUUUUUUCUACAUUCAUACCAAAUAAAAAUUCCACGUCGAGUGAUAAAUCUAAUCCAAUAGACAAAUUGUUGGAACCAUUCGAUGAGAUACAUAAGCAGAUCCCUUUAGAUAUGUCGAUUUUUGAGUUUGAUCAUUUCACUAAUGUUGCUAAAACAAAAGCAGCAACAAUGACAGCUACUACUACUACUACCACCGCUACUACUAAUACUGAUAACUAUAUUGACAACACAUCAACGUACCUUAUAUCUAAAUUAUCCAACGGAUCGCAGUCUAGUCAGUCCAAUACACCUUCACCAAUGACUAUUUUGCAACAAGAUCUAUUGUUAGGUGGUAUAACUGAUGGAAAUAGUAUUAAUGAUACAGAAAACAUAUAUUCUUUGUUGCAAAAUUAA